AUGCUUGGACUACAACGACUAAAGCUCAAAAUGCGUCAGGUACUAUACAGUGACUUCUCGGACUUGAACUUGUCUACAAAUGGUAAAAAGCGCAAAAGUUAUUUGCUGAUUAUAAUUGUACUUUGUAUAAUAUACACAAUUUACCAAUUUUUCUUCAACCCAUGGAAGGCGUUCCGUUUGUUCCCAACUAUAAACAUCAUCAAAGUCCCAGCCAACCAAAUAGAAGAUUCGAAACCACGCUUGACAAAUGCAAACACUGACACAUCAGGCUUGUUUUCCUUUCCACCACCAUCAUCAUCAUCAUCAUCGUCAUCAUCGUUGUCAAAGAUAUUUCCCUUGAGCAAUUCCUUUAUCAAAUCAAACCAGUUUUAUCCAAUUUCGCUUAAAACAUUCACAGAUCCUUAUCCCUUGAUUGUUGGCAAACCGCCAAAAUAUGAUUUCCAAGAAGAGUUUAUGUGUUCUGAAUUGGAGUUUGAAGAUUCAUUCGAACAUACUGGACAGGCUUACCUUAAUGCCAACUUGGCUCUUUUACUAAACAAGAUCAAUGGAAUUGAAGAGUACAAAAACCUAAUUCAACAAGCCAAAAAGCGAUUUCGACCUACCAUUCCCGAGCAAAAACAGUGGUUCCGUUUUGGAGGCUCUAGUGUCUGGUUGCCUCAAUUCAAAGUGCAUUACAUGGUAAGUCGUGUAUUGUACUCGCCCCAAGGUGUUCCAAAUAAGGCAUACGUUUCAUUUUUAUACAUACAGAUUUAUGAUGAAAAUUGGCAAGAACUACCUCAAGGCACAAAGUUAACAAUUCCGUUUGAAGAAGUGAAGGUAAAGUAUCAGGGCAAUUACGAUGGGUCGUUCACCAAGUCGGGGGCAGAGUCAAAAUUGGGAUUUAGAGAAACCGAGUUUCCGCAAAUAUUACCAAUUCCAUUUGAUUACUCCUUAAAAACAGAAAAGAAUAAAUACUAUUAUGGACCAGAGGAUCCUCGAAUCUUGCUCCACGAAAACCCUUUGGGGUUUGAGGAGCCAUUAAUUGUGUUCAAUAUGAAGGACUUGAAGAUUGAGAAAAGAACAAUGUUUAUGUACAAGCCAUUUAGCAACAUCUUGAAGCUACUUAAGAAACGCAAUGAGAAAUAUGCAUAUGUUGAGAAGAACUGGACGCCAUUCUUUAACCCUGUACUAGCUAAAAAGGACCAGAUAAAUUUUAUUUACACAAUAGUACCGCUUUCUAUUUUGACGUGUAAUGUUCAGCUGGGUAUUUGUGACUAUUUACAAAAGGGUGCCAAGAAGAAUUUCAACUACGUUGGCGCUUUAAGAGGUGGUACACAGUUGGUUCCGCUUCCUCUAGCAGAUCUACCCGCUUCACUUAAGUCACAACUUGCAGUGCCCAAGAAUAGACAAAUAUACCUUGGUUGGGCAAGAGCACAUUUGAACAAAUGUGGGUGCGGUGAAUCCAUGUAUCGACCAAAUAUGAUUCUUCUUAUUGAGGAUUACAAUGCGGACACCAAUACAUACUAUUACAAGAUUGGUGAUGUCUCGUCCUAUUUUGAUUUUGGUGCCUAUGUUCCACCCUGGACUUUACCCAAGAAGGAUACGAAAACUGGACAGAUGUUGUUCCCGGGGGAUGAUUUUGCUCCCAGGCAUUGCGAGGGCCGGAAUGUUCUUAUCCCAAACUCUAUUGCGUAUUGGCAGAUCAAGUCUGUUACCACCAACAAUGGCCGCAAGACAAUUGAAAACUAUCAAGAUUCGGCAUUUGCGUUAUCAAGCACGGUAUCAUUCAAUGAUUACAUGGGAGUCACAUUAUCUGCAGCUGACCAAGAUGUCUCUAUAGUGCAUCUCAAAGGGUUGCUAAACUAUAUAGUGAAGCUUCCCUCAUUGUUUGACGAAGAGACUGUGGUUCUAUCCGAUACGAAUUUUGGCAUUAGAGGAUCGGAUUGGAAUAAUAAAUGUGCAAUGUACCUGAGCCACCGUUAUUGUAGGGAGUAUGCAUUAGUUGGUGGUCACAUUGAAGAAGACGAACCAGACGACCCAGCAAGCCCUGUUUAA